CAUAGAAUUAAAAAAAAAAUUGUCUCAUUUGGUGGAUGGCGUGUUUUGUUUAAUUUUUGAGGUUAUGAAUUAAUAAAAUAAAUAUGGGAAAAAUCAAGAAAUCAAAGCCUAACAAAAAUAAAAAAGUUUUAAAUCAUGAUAAUUCUGAUGAAGAUGAGCAGUUAUGUGUUGAUACAAAGGAAAACGCUGUUCAAACAGUUUUAGAUCAGUUACAGGCAGCUAAUGUUGAAGAGAAGUAUUGUGGUUUGCAAACACUUGCAUUACUUAUUGAAACUUCUGAGCAUUUGGAUCAAGUUAUCACUCAAGGUGUUGUCAAAGUAGCUGCCCCGUUGUUGAUGGAUGCAGCUGGAUCUGUGCGAAAUGCAGCUUCUGGUACAUUAAGGAAUAUGUCAGCAUUGAGAAUGGAAGUUUGUGAUGCUAUGAUGGAACAAGAUAUUAUGACACCACUUAAGUGUUACUUUCAAGAGUAUGCACAAACAUGGACACCUGAUGUAACAUCUAAGUUUAAAGAUGAGGAUAUUGAUACAUUUAUUAAUUGCACAAAUUUGCUCUUGAACCUAUGUGAGAGUUCAGAACUGGCUAUCAAAUAUCUUGAGCAAUAUAAAAUAUUAGAUGUAUUUCCUAGAUAUUUAGACAUUGGUGUAUUUGGCAGUGAUACUGUCGCAGCAGUCUUGCAAUGUUUAUUUGUGGCCAUAGAAGACAAUCCUCAGGCAAUGCAGCGAGUUAAAAACAAUUCAGAAAAACAAUUGGAGCAACUCUUGUCUAUGGAGGGUAGUGACCCUUCUAUAUUACUAAUAAAGACUCUAGCAGCAGGAGUUGUUAUAAAUACAUGUGGCGGGAUCAUCACCACUUUACCAGUAAAUUUUAUGAAUGAGAUUAUUUCAAUAUUAGCUAAGACUCUAUCUAUGGAUCAUAGACUGGCUUGUAAUCAUGUUUCAAGUAAUGUUCCACUAAUUAAUGGUGCAGGCAAGUUAGAAACACUUAAAGGGAAGGAGGCACAGAUUUUGGAUAGUCAAUUAAAAUCAGUUUCCCAGAUGUUAGAUGCACAGCAAAGAGCAAUUGAAAUUAUUGCAAAUAUUUGUUCAUGUGAAGAUAGUGAUGAUUCGUUAAAUGGAGGUGAUUCAUCAGACAGUGAAGAGUUGGAAGGUGAUAUGAUUGAUAAUGGCGAAGAAUCUUUGCUUGUUGAAGAUAAACUGCCACCAGAGAUUAUGGAGGCUUUUGUUUCUUUAAAAAUAUUUGAGAAAAUUUCGGCUCGAGCACAGUUGCCAGCACAGAAUGUCAUGUUGAUAUUAAAGGAAUAUGAAGGAUCACAGUUAGUCUAUAAAAAGUUGCAAACUUUACAAACACGGGCUCUCUUAUGCAUAAACAACAUUAUUUCAACAUUACCAAUCGAGGGUCUUGGUGGUGUGAAUGGAGUCUAUAAAAUUUGGGUUGAUGCUGGAAAACUGGUGUUUCAACAGAAUUCGGACAACUUUAGUCUUAUUGAAUCUGCUACAGCUGUCAUGAGAGCAGCUUUGGAUAAAAUUAAACUAAGAGAAAAUGGCAACACUAGUGAAUGUAAUUUAUUCGGUGAUAUGGCUUUAUCUGAUAUUGAGGUAAUGUUGAUAGGCAUUAGAGAGUGCCAAAUGCCUGAAAUAAGAUCAAACCUACUCAGAAUGAUUGGAAUGUUAGCUCUUCUAUUUGUGAAUAAUUUAAACGAAACCACUACAGAUGUCAUAUGCAAGAUAACAGAGUUUAUUUUGGAGCAGGCGCACAAGGAAAACGAGGUGUGGGUGUUAGCUGAAGCUUUAGAUACCUUAAUAGAUCUUUAUUCUGAAGAUGAAACUGAUGAGAUUGCUGCUAAAGUGAAACUAGUGGAUAAGUUGACUGUAUUAGCACCUAUUAUUAAAAAUAAGGCGAGGCAACAGAAGAGACUCCCAAAAGAGUAUAAAGUUCUUGUCAGCACAGUCGUUUCAAACCUACCAAGAUUUAUCAAGUAUAAGAAAGGCAGAAUAAGUUGUUUAUAAAUGAACAUAAGUUACCUACUCAUAUAUAUGUGACGAUAUCUAAAUGGUAUUAAUGUUGAAAUAUUAUUUGUUUUACUUUGUAGUAUAUUAUACAAUAUACUUUUAAUAAAUUAUAUUUUUAUGAAAUUA